AUGGCAGAAGUGGUUAGGAAAGACUAUGGUCUCAAGGUAAGUCUUGGGCAGUGUAGAAAUGCCAAGUACUUUGCACUAUAUGAGAUUUCAGGCAAUUUGGUAAGCCAUUAUGAGAAACUGUGGAAUUAUGGUGCUGGGUUAUUGAGGGUUAAUCCUGGGUCAACAGUCUUGAUCGAGACAAAUCAUACGCCUGAUGCUACACACUACUUCAAAAGGAUGUAUAUUUGCCUGAAGUCUAUCAAGGAUGGCUGGAUUGAAGGAUGUAGAAGGGUUAUCGGUGUUGAUGGCUGUUUUUUGAAGGGUAUUUGUAGAGGUGAGUUGUUAACAGCCGUUGGUAGGGACGCAAACAACAAAAUGUAUCCUCUAGCAUGGGCUGUUGUGCUAGUUGAAAACAAUGAAACUUGGAUGUGGUUCAUUGAUCUUCUACUUAAGGACAUUGAUAUGGGAGAUGGUAGGGGUCUUACAAUUAUUUCAGACCAACACAAGGGUUUAAUGGAGGCUGUUAAGGAAAGGGCACCAUCAUGUGAGCAUAGGAAUUGUGCCCGACACAUCUAUGCCAACUUUAAGAAGAAGGGGUUCACGGGUGUUGAGUUUAGGAGGUUAUUUUGGAGUGCUGCAAAGGCUACAACCGAUUCCAAUUUCCGAUCAUACAUGAGGGAAAUUCGUACAAUGUCCACAGAAGCUUAUGAGCACCUGAUAGAAAGAGACCCAAAUACAUGGUGCAGAGCAUUCUUUGAACCUCAGACUUGUUGUGAUGCGGUGGAAAACGGUAUAUCUGAAUCUUUCAAUGCAGCAAUUGUAGAGGCCCGGAAGAAACCAAUAAUAACAAUGCUGGAAGAAAUCAGAUUGUACGUGAUGGAGAGGAUGUACAAUCAAAAGAUUAAGGGGCAUAAGUGGGACAUGGAAAUCUGCCCCUCUAUUAGAAAGAGGAUUGAGAAGAUGAAAGAAGAACAAAGGUACUGGGAUGUUAUUCCAAGUGGCGAGGAAGAAUAUGAAGUGAAAUUAGCCCAUGAAGUUUAUGUUGUUCACCUUGAAAGCAAAACUUGUGGUUGCAGAGCCUGGCAACUCAGUGGUAUCCCUUGUGUGCAUGCCAUUGCUGCUAUAUUAUACCUGAAUGGAAAUGCAGAGGACUAUGUAGCAGUAUGGUUUAAAACAAGCAUGUUUGGAGGUUGCUAUAGGUAUCCAGUCAAACCAAUAAAUGGAGCUAACAUGUGGCCUGAUGUUCUAUUUGAUCACAUAUUACCACCUCGGCAUAAGAGAAUGCCAGGAAGGCCCAAAGUAAACAGAAUGAAAUGUUCUACAGAAAAUGAAGGAAAGCAUAAAAUUAACAAGACAGGGAUGUCCAUCUCAAGAUGUAGUAAUUGUCAUCAAGAAGGACACAACAAGAGGCGAUGUCUAUUGCUCAAAGAAGCAAAUAAAGCAACUGUUAGUGAAGGGGAUGUUGAAGAAGGGAUUAGUCAAGAUGGGAUUAGUGAAGAUGGGGUCAAUGAAGAUAGGAUCAAUGAAGAUGGGGUUAGUGAAGAUGGAAUUGGUGAAGAAGAGGCUGUUGAAGAAUACGAUAUUGAAGACCACCAAGAGGAUGAAAUUGAACAACAAGAGGAUGAGAUUGACCAUCAAAAAAAUCAUCACCAUCAGCAUCAACCUGUUUUUUUCCAGCAUUUUGUUGCGAACAAAAGGCGAUUACCUUCUGAGAGGAUCACGAAACUGAAGUUAAGGAAGAAGGUGGUAACAAAAGAUGGAAGUGGGGAAAGUACUGAAAAUCCAGUUACUUUAAACUAG